AUGCGGCUAUGGUUCGUCGCGCUAACACUACAUGUUUUUUUGUCGAGCAUCGAAUGCGGCAAAAGGACACCUCAUAACCGUCGUUCGGUGGGACAUACGAAUUUACCAGUAUCUAAGGGUGGCUGGAGGCCGGUCGUGGGUUCUGGUGGCCUUGUCUACGGACCCCUAGGAACCGCUCCACUUCACGCUCCAUACAAAAUCCCUCUCGUUGAUUUAUACCCAUCAUCGGCACGUCCAGUAACCGCAAGAGAUGUCAAUAAACUAACAUCAAUCGCUCAAUCUUAUCGACCCACCACUAUAAGAACAGUCUCAGUAUCACCACAUGCUUUUCCCAAUAAUCAGCCAAUUAAUUCUUAUCUUCAUCAAUUCGCUCUGCCAAAUACCAAUAACUAUUACAAAUUCGUACAAAAUUUCCCAGCCGAAAAUUUGUUAAUUCGGAAUCCACAUAAUCCUUACUCUGCUCGUCCAGUCUUGCAAAAGCAACAAACAAAGCAGAAACAACAAUACCACAAUAAUAUACUGCAGCAAUUGACUAAUGUACAGCCGGUUCAAUUUGGGCAGUAUCAAACAGCAAAACCAAUAGAUAUAUAUAAACCGAAUGAAGCGAACUCAAGACCGGAUGGUAAGCGGCCACAGUCGGCGGAAACUGAGAUCUUCAAACCCGAAGUAUACAAAUUACCUGACAGUUACACAUCAAAUCAGUAUAAUACCCAGCCCGUGAAGACUGCUCAACAGCAAUCCUUUGGUCAACAAAAGCAAUCCUUUAAUCAACAACAGCAAUCUUUCCCUCAACAACAGCAAUUCUUUGCUCAGCAACAACAAUCUUUUGGUCAGCAACAGCAAUCUUUUGGGCAGCAACAGUAUUUCGGUCAUCUUACUGGGCAACAAGGGGGAGGGCAAAAAAUAAACCAAUAUGGACAUCCGUUCCAAGACACGAUAUCAAAUUUCCAACAGUUCCCUCCUAGCAUAUUAGGUACCUUUGGAUCAUUUGGCGUUCAAUCAGUUAAAGCAAGAGACCCUUAUCCAGCUACUAAAACGACAUAUGCACCCCAACAAACAACAAAACAAGCUUUCUUAAAUUCAUUGAAUUAUUCUCCUAAUUUAUUUAAAUCUACCCCUACCAUAUUUUCAACAACCACGCCAAAGUUAACCACAGCACAAAAUAACCUAUUAUUUGGGUCAACUCUUAACAAUUUGGGAUUUACACCAACACAGCAAAGUAAAUUGGCAAACCCAUUGAAAGUCGAUCCUAAUCCUGAUGUUAAAAACUACUUCAAACCAAGUCUCCAAGACCCCUUUAUAAAGAAUUUGCACAAUAUUGAUUACAAUAGAGUCACCACUUAUAAUCCUCAAUCUCAACAUACGUCUACAUUAGCAAGUCCUCUUUAUAAAGACUACAGUUACCAGUCGCAAAAUGUUCCUGUUCAUAAAUAUGAUAACACAGAUUCUAAAUUGAACUAUAACACAAAUAAACAUACAAUAUCGGAUAGUGUCGGUCUUAAUCAACAAGUGGCUCAGCAAUAUACCAGUGCGCCAGGCUUAUUUGACUUGGAGAGCAGUCUGAACGCCUUAUCACAUCGUCCUUCAUACGCUGUCGUCGAAAACUUUUCGGAAGAUAUAAUAACAAGUGCUUCACCGGCUGCGUGGACAGUAACACCACAGUCCUAUAGUGAAGAAGCAGUUACACAACAUGAAAAACCAACAACUAGUAACCCUGAAGAAUUUUCAAUUGUUACAGAGAAUGUAAGAGGUUAUGAGGAUACGGGAAUAAAUUACAGCACUGAGGUUGAUUCUCAAAGUAGGCGCCCUCUAGGAGAUGACUUCGAACCAAUAAAUAAAAAUAAGCUAAAAGAUUAUUAUUACAGAGUAUCGACGCCAACGUCACAUGAAGAUAGGCCAUAUAAAAGAUUAAAGAAGCCCACUGAAUCUUACAGACUGGAACAAACAACAGAAUCAAGUGUCAAUAAAGAAAUUAAUAACAUAGAUGCCGAAACUCUGCCUACACUGCCGCCUAGUCUUCACUUUAAGAGACCUAGUACUCAGGAAACUGUUGACAAAGACAGAAUCCGCAAACGAAAUAAAAUCAGAAGGCGUCGUCCACCGCAAGUAAACCGUUAUAGAGAAGAAAUUAGUACUAAAAGCGAAACAUCCCCAUCUGAUGAAAUCACUACCACAGUUUCAUCCGAGAUACAUACAAUACGACCACGGGUUAAGCCAACUAAGUCACGAACCGAACCUACUGCGACCACUCCCACUGUCACUACAGAAUUAACGACCAGUGCUCUACCAACUACGUCUCCCACUAAACCUACAUUGAUAAAGAAGAAAUUGUUAGGUUAUCGUAGGCCGACCACAACUACCGCCAGUCCCGUGGAAACUACCACGACUACAACUACUCAAUCAAUAAAACAAGACAUUCAGCAGGACGUGAUUAAGGAAUCAUCUAUAAUGAAAAUAUUUUCGCGCCUUCAAACACCGAAAGCACCAGAACAUUCUUACGAGAGGGUAAAUGAAACUCCUGACUAUAGUCAUAAGCAAGACGAAAAGGACACUCCAACAAGUGACGUGUCCGUCAGUCUAACGGAUACAUUGAAGACGACCGACUCUAUAAAAGAAUAUUCAUUCCACAGAGAUGCUCGACCUCUGGAAAACAAAGAAACGACCACUGAAACUUUAAAAUUAAAGAAAGAAAAUGAACCAACAACCACACUCCGUACCACAACUUCAUCUCAGAACGCUGGUAAAAUACAAAGAACAAGGCAAAAGAACAAAUUAGACAGACCUAAAUUUAGCGUUAAAGAUUACAGGAGCCGCUUAAAUUCCACUACAAGCACAACUGAAAAAAUUGACAGCACCACUAAGGCCAAAUUCCCUUCACGUAAAAGUGUAUAUACUGAAAGCCUGUUCAGUGAUAUCGAAACAACAACCGAAAGGAAAAAAUUUACACCAAAAGAACCGCGACACAAACUUAACAGAACUGAUAAUAAUGAACAGGAAAUACAUUCCAGACACAAUAAUAGAAAUGGGCAGAAACAAAAUACGGACGAAAAUGGAGGCCAUAAGAUUUCAUCUCGAGUGCGGAACGGUCAGCGGAGACAGAAACCCGUAGAGGAUACCACCGAACAGGGUUCAACGACCCCACAUAAAAGACCACAGAGGAAGAAACCUCAAGACUCUCAGAUCGGAGAGUCGGUGCAGGACGUUACAGUAGUGGAAACAACAUCGAACUCCGACCAAAGAAACGAUGUGACUUCAGAAAGAAGUCGCUCUGAGAGCGCUAUAAUGAAGAUAGCGGACAAGAAGCAUCAGGAUCACAUUGAGCGAUUAUUUGAACAUUCUAAACGAGUGUCAGACUUGACGUUAGCUGCCAGCAAGGAUUACAAUACCCCGGGUAUGUUCAAAACGGUUUCUUCUAAUAGUAGACGAAUACCCAGCUACUUCACGAUAGCCACGGAUGACCCCAUCCUGCCCAUCGAGGCGUUCUUCCCACAGCUCAACCAAAAGAAGGAAUCGUAA